UGUAAAUCCUGAGGAGUUCUAUAAAAACCUGCUGGGGUGUAGGCAAUAACAUUCGUAGUCAAAUCUUUACCGUUUGAUACUUCAUUCAGCUACAGUAAGGAGCGUGUAUCAACAUGGCCAGUCUCAAGCUGUUUGUUGGCCUACUCCUGAUGGCCCUGCUCUCUGCUGUCAGCGGCGCGGCCUACGGCUACGGCUACAAACCAAGGAGCUACGGCUACAAGGACAGCUACAAGCCCAGUAACUAUGGCUACAAGGGCAACAACUAUGGUUACAGGUCCGAUAACUAUGACUACAAGCCUAAGGAGUACGGCUACAAGUCUUAUGGUUACAAGAAAUAUGGCUACUAGAAUCGUCAUUCAAAGUCGGUGUUGAUGUCUACAUUUUGGAUGACAAGGCGUUAAACAAGUUUUCUCUAGUUCUA